AUGAACAACCGACAGGUCGAACAAGCUUUGGGACUCUUGGUUCCUACGCAUGCGAACGAUCUGCCGCAGGACCUUCUAAGCUUAGCAUUGAAUCUUGUGGCCCAAUCGCGUAGCUUCUCAAGCAGUUUGAAGCCCGAAGAAGAAGCCGCCCGGCCAUAUGCCUGCGCGGAGAUCGCCUGCAGGAGAUUAAGUCGAGCUCUCAAGCUUCCCCCGCUCCUCGGCCAUCCCCCAUGUCUUCCGCGCGUAUACAAGAAGCUCUACUCUUACCUUGAACGAUCUCUCGGAUCUGGAGCCGGAGCACUCAAGCGUUCAGCAAGUGCAUCUGGAACACCGACUCGCAGUAAUUCGGCGAAGACCACUCCUACAAAAACAGUUAGCAACAACCCUUCACGAGGCCUCCAGAACACACCCUCCAAAUCAACGCCUUUGAAGAGGAGUGUCAAUGUCGCAGCCAGACUAGGCUCACCCUCUAAUUCCCCGCGGAAACCUAUCCAAAGCCAUCCUAGAGAUGUCUCCAAAUCGACAAUUAUUCCCGAUGCUCCUGCAUGGGCAAUGACCGCUAUUCGCACAGUCUGUAAGACUCUUUCUACCCCGGCUCCGCGGACAAGCACCUGGUCUAGACCUCCAAUCUCACGGACUUUGCCCCCUCAUAUCUUCUCUGGUGUUUCGUCCAUCCUGUACUUGACAUCCUGUAUGGACAGAGACGAAGAAGGCUUCGACGAAGAGACACUGGAGUUCUUGGACCCGAUCGUUUCUAUUACUGGAAAUGAUGCCGAGUUCAAAGAUCUCGUCUAUGCCAUGGUAGUCGCGGUCUACUUUAUAGUUCUUGCUCGACGACGAAACUCCGCGUCGUCUGAGGGGAACGGCGAGACAGAUGGCGAGGCACAGAAGAUGGACAAGAAGACUUUCACUGAGAUGCGCCAAACUGCCCUGACUUCCUUGAAUCUUCCUACCGAUAGACGGCAUCGUGAUGAUGUCGAUCAGUGGAUUGCCUUGAUCAUGGAACAGGGCUGGGCCCACGGCCAGGAGUGGUUUGAGAACAUCCCACUUGCGGGAGAAAUGCAUGGCGAGGAUGAGGAGGGCAUUUCUUACCGCAAUCUUGACGAAGAAGAUGCCGCCUUCCGAGGCGUUAAAUUGCCCAAGCGUCGUGACGACACUGGCAUUUCCAAGUCUCGUUCUUUGAAGCCCGAAGCUUCCCACAGUGAUUUAUUACCUGGUCUGGGAACUAUGAUGCAGGAUCGUGUGGAUUGGCUUAGCGAGGAACGCAGGAGGACUUUAUUGAAUGGAAAGCAGAUAUCAUGUCUCGCGUUGGAUCUACAGCUGCAUGAUUCAAUUACAUGCUAG